UUUCAUUUAUAUUAUUUAAUCAAUAGACAAGUUUAAUUUUAUAUUUACAUCAUUUUAAACGAAGAUUUAUUCAGAUAUUUUAUUACUUUAGAAUAUUUAAUUACUUUAUAAUAUCUAAAAAUAUAUAUUGUUUCAAAUAAUUCAAGUAUUUUAUUUUUUAAAAAGAAAUUUUUUUAUACAAAGUAAUUAUUAUCUAAAGUUUAUAUUAAGUAUUUUAAAAAUGGCGGGCUUAAACAUGCCAUUUUGAAAUAUUUUAGAUUAUUUAGAAUGUCACAAUUAUAUACUAGUUAAUUCAGAAGUUUGAUUCGGCAUUUGAAAUAUACAUAUAUAUUAGAAUUUUCACGUGAUGCAUUUAACAUAUAAAUUUAUAAACAAAAAUUAAUAACAAAUAAUUACAAAAAACAUAUAAAGAAAUCAUUCUGAUCGAUAGUGAUUUUUUGAAACUUUGUUUUUUUAUUUGAAUAUUCUCUAUAUUGUGUUAAUCGAAAAAUAUUUGGUAUAUUUCUAUGUCAGCACUGUAGUUGGACAAUUGUGAUUGGAGCAUGCGCUGAUAUUCGUUUCUUUAGCUCUGAACGUGAGGUCGGCAGUAAUCAUUGUUCAUGAUUAGUUACAUUACUGUGUAAGAUUGUAGUGGCAUGGUUUUCAAGAGAUUUCGUGAUAUAUGUAUCGUGUGCGCGUAUUGAUGUUAUAUUUAAAUGCGCGGGAUAUCGAGACAAACUUUAUACAUAACAUUUAUUCUCUUUUUGAUUGAUCAAUCGAAGAACUUGCUAACAAAAGCUUCUACUUGCUUAUAAGACACUACGAAAUUACAUUUGUAUACAUAUAUAUCAUAUAUAUAUACAUACACAUAUAUUUGUGCAUGUGUAUAUACAUACAUGGUAUCGUGUUUCAUCGUUUCACGUUAUACCCAAUACUGGAUCCAAAUAUUUUUCAAGAAUGAUAGGCGUGUCAGUAUAUCAGGCAAAUGUAUGCUAGCAUUAAUAGCAUAUUAUCAACGCACCUGUUGCAGUUAAAGAAUUAAAGAAGAAGUAAGCUUCAAAACUUACUUAAGACCCUGGGUGUAAUUCUAUUACAUCUGACAUAAAAUGGCAGAGGAGUGCAAUGAUGUUAAAUCUGCUGGUCCAUCUUCACCAAGAAGUCCACAAAAUAAUAGUACAGGAGGAAAAAGCAGUCCUCAUUCACCUAGACAGCCAAGGCGUGUGAAGCUAACACAACAGCAAUUGGACAGCAUGACAAAGGACGAGCUAGCAGCCAAGUGGCAUGAACAGGACUUAUAUGUGGAGUGUCUAGAGGCGCAAGCGGCAGCCCAGGAAGGUACUGAGAUCACUUGAGUGAGACCAUCUCACUCACCACAUUUCUUAAGCGAAUUUAUGAAUGCCAGAACACAACGGUCUCUUGUAUGAAACAAGACUCUUAUAGGGACGUUAAGAUUAGGGAUUAAGCAUAUUAUUAGUACUGUGUUUAGGAUAAUAAUAACAAUUAAUAAUUAAUAAUAAUUAUAUAAUAAUAAUAAUAAUAAAAAUAAGUUUUUUAUAAGUUCUAAAAUUGAAAAUUUUUCACUAAAUAAGUAAUAUAAUAAUAUAGAUGAAAUUUUUUAAAAAUAUUUUUUAUGAUAUCUAUAAAUAAAUUAUAGUUGUAGAAAAUUUAUGUAUAUAUAAAGUAACAUGCUAUAUAUAAAGCAUUGAAUAGAUCACUUUGGUAAUAGACUUUAGAUAAAGGCUAGUGAUAUAGUAAUAUUGUAAUAUUUUGAAAACUACAUUUGUGAUGUGUAGUGUGGGCAAUUAAAUUAAUGCCAAUAUGUACAGUGUUUGAAAUUUUUUUGGUGAGCAGAAGUGAUGUGCGGUCAUAUACACUGCAUAUACAAAAAAUUUAAUAUAAUAUUAUGCAAGUAAUGCAUAAUUUUAUUAUUUGGUGUUAAGUUGCGCUAUUAUUGAUAUUAAAAAUCACUUAAUGCUAAAAGCAAAGUGCAUAUUGAAAAAAAGUGAUAUUGUGUGACAAGAAGAGAUGACAAUUUUCUGAAUGUGUUCACUAUAAAUAUAUAUAAAUCAUUUCUUUUACUCUAAACACACACAGCUUACUGUUGAUAUGACCUCUUAAGUGACCGUGCAGUGUGCCACGUAUAAUUCUACAGUGUAGUAAAACACACUGCCAGAUGCAGGACAGUGCGUGUGUGUUUGUGUGUACAUUGGAUAUCGAGUUUCCACUUUGCGAGGAUUGAAUGAAAUACAACAUCCUUGCUGGCUUUGAAUAUACCACUCAGAAGAGUAAAAACAGAGGUCCUAUGUCAUCCUUUGGCCCACAAAACUCUGUGCCAGGGGUGCGUGAAUCUAAGUCUUGGUGAAGUACGAAACCUUUAAUUGAUGCAGUUAUGAUCUGAAAUUCCAGCUGCUUUUUCCAAUCCUAACAAUUCUUAUCCCAAUCUACAAUCUUUAAUAUCAUUUUAUAUAUAUAGAUAUAUCUGAUAAAAUUGAACAAUUUUAAUUAUGUUCCUAGACAAACCAUCCCUGUUUAUUCCCAUUAUGAACGCAAUUCAUGCAUGCAUUUGUACCUGCACCAUAACUUCCUGAUGUCCAAUCUGAAAAAAAUACAAACCUGAUCAAAUAAGGCCAGGAGGUCAUCUUGUGACAACAUCUGUGUCUGCAACAAAUAGUCUAUCUAUUUUCAUGGAAGAAAAAUAACGUCCACUCUUGGUCUCGGUGGAAGCACAGAGAAUCUCACAAAUGGCACGAUGCAACGACUCCAAACUCAAAGUGACCUAUCUUCAUUGAGAGAAUCUGAAAGCAAAUACAGGCAACAACAUGCAGAAGCAUCUCAUAGAGAGAAGAUUUUAGUUAGGAGACUUGCUUCUAAAGAACAAGAAUUACAAGAAUAUAUUAAUCAAAUUGCCGAAAUGAAAGCUGCUCAUGCUCCGUCCGCUGUGGCAUUAAGAUCUGCUCUACUAGAUCCUGCUGUUAAUAUUUUAAUUCAGAAAUUAAGACAAGAACUUGUUACAACUAAAGCUAAAUUAGAGGACACUCAAAAUGAACUUAGUGCCUGGAAAUUUACACCUGAUAGCAAUACAGGUAAAAGAUUAAUGGCAAAAUGUAGAUUGUUGUAUCAAGAAAAUGAAGAAUUAGGUCGUAUGAUUGCUAGUGGACGAAUUGCUAAAUUAGAAGGAGAUCUUGCACUUCAAAGAAGUUUUAGUGAAGAAAUGAAAAAAUCACAAUCAGAAUUGGAUGAAUUUUUACAAGAUUUAGACGAAGAUGUUGAAGGAAUGCAGAGCACAAUUUAUUUCUUACAACAAGAAUUACGUAAAGCUCGUGAAUCAGUAACAUUAUUACAACAAGAAAAUGCAGCAUUGAAAGCAAAUUCAAGUGAAAAUAAUUUAACAAAUGGUUUGUCUCCUCAUACACCACCAAUUAAAAAAGAGGAAUCAGAGGAAAAUUCAAUUCCAGAAACAAAGACUUUAAAAUCUUUAGAAGAUAGUGAUGUGUGCAAAGGUGCUAGGACUCCACCGUUGUCAUCGCAACGAUCGCCGUGUGAGUUUUCAAAUACUGAAAGAACAGAACGGAUUGAACGAAAAGCAAUCAAUCAAGCGGAUCAUAAUGAUGAAAGCUCAAGUGAUUCAGCUGCUUUGAUAAUCAAAGUUGAGAAUGAGGAAUUAAGUGAUAGGGAAGAAGAACAUGAAGAAAAUCGAAAUAAUAAAAGGAUAUUACGAAGCAAAAGUCAUAAUAGAAAUAACAAUAAAACUAAUGGGGAAGAGAUGCUAACUAGAAUAACUAGGGGUAGGGAUAGGACCAAAAGGGACAAAAGUGCACCAGGUAGUGAUGAUGAAAGGACACAUAAAAAAAAGAGAAGAGAGAGUAUUCUUUCUCUUGAUUAUAAUGAAGCUGAUGAUGAUGCGUUAGUUUUAACUAAUGGUGAGACACUUCAAAGCGAUCCAGAAUGAACAAUUUUCUAGAACAAUUUUAUACACAAACACUUGUUAUAUACAAAUAAGGGUUAACGUGACUUAAUAUACAACAUAAGUUGAAUAUAAUAUUUCAUAUUUAAAAGUUAUAAUACACUCACAUCACGAUAAAUAUUUCUAAUAAUUUUAUAUAAUUUUUCGUAAUAUAAAUUUGUAAAUAUAUUUCAUAUUUGAAUAUUUUGAAGUCACGUUAAUGCCGAAAAAAUUGCACUUGAUUACAUAUGAUAAUAUGUUCACAAAAUAAUGUGGCGUUGGAAUAAAGGGGUAGAUAGUUAAAACUAUAUUUCUUUUUUCUUGCAAUGAAAUCGCAUUAAAUUCUUCAAUAAGUAUUCGUUAAAAAAAUGCUUCAAUGUUUUUAAUGGCUUUUUUUGUAAAUUCGUUGAAACAUUGAUAGUAGCUCAUCUUGUUAGAUUUUUUGAAACAAUUAUAAGAAAUAUAAAUAACAAUAAAGUAAUAAUUAGGGCUAUGCCUUUUCUUUAUUAUGUAAAUACACAAAUGUUAAUAUCUGGUACACGACGACGCACAUACAUAGAUUUAUAUAUGAUUAUGUGCGCAAUAAUUUGUAUGUAUGUACUAUUUUUUUCAUUGUGACAUGCGUGUCAAAAUUCGUUAUUACAUAAAAUGUGCUUUUAAUUAUGUAUAAUAAAAUUGAGGUCUAUUUGUUAGAUUUAUUAAAUACCUGUAAAUUAUAUGAAAUAUAAAACAACAUUAAUUUCAGUAAAA